CACAACCGGACCGCUAUACCCGGCGCGUGGAGCACGCAGUCCUAACUGCAAAAAAAAAAAUCACGCCGUAUGUUCGGAACAGAGUAAAGUUCAAGGUUUCACAGUUUUGUGCAGAAAAAACAGAACACAGUUCUUGCAGCGAUGUCUCGUUUCUUCGCUACGGGUUCUGACAGCGAGACAGAGGAGUCAUCUUCCGGGGAUGAGCUCACUCCCAAAGGAACUGGAACUACCUUCACCAAGCAGUCUCUCCUUCUCAGUGAUGAUGAAGAGGACACUAAGAGAGUUGUGCGUAGCGCUAAGGACAAGAGGUUCGAGGAGCUUACGAACCACAUCAAGACCAUCAGGAAUGCCAUGAAAAUCCGGGACAUGUCAAAGUGCUUGGAGGAGUUUGAGCUGCUCUGUCGAGCCUUCCUCAAGAGUAAAACAAUUGUGGACAAGGAGGGGAUGCCUAAAUUUUACAUCCGACUCCUGGCUGACUUGGAGGACUAUCUCAACCAACUUUGGGAAGAUAAAGAAGGCAAGAAGAAAAUGAACAAGAACAACGCGAAAGCCCUCAGCACCCUCCGUCAGAAAAUCCGCAAAUACAACCGGGACUAUGAAAAUGAAAUUACCACCUACAAGGAGAAUCCAGAGCAGUCAGCAGAUGAGGAAGAAAAGGAUGAAUUCUCAUCAGAGAGUGAAGAGGAGGAGAAGGGAGAGGAAACUAAGAAAAGUUCAUUCCUGAAAAAGAAGCCUGCAAGUGAGUCGCCUCCAGAUGCCAAGAAAUUCCUGAAGUCAGCAGUGGAUGAAGAGUCGGACAGUGAAGAUGAUGAUGAAGAUGAUGAGGACUGGGGUUCUGAUACGGUGGAAAGUGCUAGUGAGAGUGAUGAUGUGGACAAGAGUGCCUCGCUGGCUGUUGUCUUCCUUAAGAAGCCUCUGGAGGGUGAAAAGCAGUCAACUGAUAAGGUGAAGAGAAGGAAAACGAAGGAAAAAGUACGGCAGGAUGAAGAUGCUGAUUUGGAGCCUGGAGAUGUUGAAGGUUCAGGAUGGGAAAAGGUUAAAGGAGGUGUACAACUGGUCAAGGAAAAGCCCAAGAUGUUUGCUAAGGGUACAGAGAUCAAUACUGCAGUUGUCGUCAAGAAGCUCAAUGAGAUCCUACAAGCCCGGGGAAAGAAGGGAACUGACAGGGCUGCUCAGAUUGAGCUCCUCAGCGCUCUGGCUGGAAUCGCUGCUGAGAACAACUUGGGAGAGGGAAUUCUGGUCAAGAUCAAAUUCAACAUUAUUGCAUCCCUUUAUGACUACAACCCAAACUUGGCAGCUUUCAUGAAGCCUGAUAUGUGGAAGAAGUGUUUGGACUGCAUUGAUGAACUCCUGGAUAUUCUAUUUGACAACAGUAAUAUUUUCAUUGGGGAAAAUAUUGCAGAAGAUAGUGAAAAUCUUAACAUCUCUGAACAGCCAUUCAGAGUUAGAGGCUGUAUUUUGACUCUUGUUGAAAGGAUGGAUGAGGAAUUCACAAAAAUCAUGCAAAACACAGACCCUCACUCUCAGGAGUACGUGGACAAUCUGAAGGAUGAGGGCCGUGUGUGCGCCAUCAUUGACCGCCUGCUGCAGUACCUGGACAACAAAGGUAGCACAGAGGAGGUGUGCAGGAUCUACCUGCGCAGGAUCAUGCACACUUACUACAAGUUUGACUACAAGGCUCAUCGCCGGAGCUUGGGGUUGCAGGGAGAGUCAAAGUCUGAGCAGGACCAGGAAGAGAGUGAAGGCGAGGACAGCGCUGUGCUGAUGGACCGCCUCUGCAAGUUCAUCUACGCCAAGGACCGCACUGAUCGCAUCCGCACCUGUGCCAUCCUGUGCCACAUUUACCACCAUGCCCUCCACAGCCGGUGGUAUCAGGCCCGUGACCUCAUGCUUAUGAGUCAUCUGCAAGACAACAUCCAGCACGCUGACCCGCCUGUGCAGAUCCUGUACAACCGCACUAUGGUGCAACUGGGCAUUUGUGCCUUCAGACAGGGCAUGAUCAAGGAUGCCCACAAUGCGCUGCUCGACAUCCAAUCCAGCGGCCGUGCCAAAGAGCUUCUUGGUCAGGGUUUGCUCAUGAGGAACAUGCAAGAAAGGAAUGCAGAGCAAGAGAAGAUUGAGAAGCGGCGACAGGUACCAUUCCACAUGCACAUCAACCUGGAGCUGCUCGAAUGUGUGUAUCUAGUGUCAGCCAUGCUGCUGGAGAUCCCGUACAUGGCUGCACAUGAGUUUGAUGCACGGCGCAGGAUGAUUAGCAAGCAGUUCCACCACCAGCUCAGGGUUGGCGAGAGGCAGCCUCUGCUGGGGCCUCCUGAGAGUAUGAGGGAGCAUGUGGUGGCAGCGAGCAAGGCCAUGAAGAUGGGUGACUGGCGCACCUGUCACUCAUUCAUCAUCAAUGACAAGAUGAACAGCAAAGUGUGGGAUCUGUUUCCAGAGGCGCAGAGGGUCCGGGAGAUGCUCGUCAGGAAGAUCCAAGAAGAAUCUCUGCGCACUUACUUGUUCACCUACAGCAGCGUGUAUGACUCCAUCAGCAUGGAGAUCCUUUCAGAGAUGUUUCAGCUAGAGUUGCCUACAGUUCACAGCAUCAUCAGCAAGAUGAUAAUCAACGAAGAGCUCAUGGCAUCCCUGGACCAGCCCACGCAGACUGUCGUGAUGCACCGCACAGAGCCGACCUCCCUGCAGAACAUGGCCCUGCAGCUGGCUGAGAAGCUGGGUGGACUUGUUGAGAAUAACGAAAGGGUGUUUGACCUCAAGCAGGGUGUUUACGGAAGCUACUUCAACAGAGACCAAAAAGGUGGUUACCAACAGAAGCAAAGCUACCAGAGAGACCAGAAAGGUGGAUAUCAGCAGAAACAAGGGUAUCAGAGAGGUGGAUACAGGAGCCAGAACCAGAACGCAUACUGAGCUGUCAGAAGAUGACAUUUGUAUCAAUGAAGCAGUCCAUCUCCAUCUCACCCCAGACAGUCAUUUUCUCCUCCUGACAAUUGUGCCUCUUUGCUUUCAAGGCUGAACUGGUUGCAGUGCUAUAGUACCUCUCUUGUUAUGUAGCAACACAGCUCCAAUUUCAACUAGAGACCAGUAGUUUCAUUUUCCCGUUUCAUUAGACAUAUGACUUACUCCUACAAAAAGCCUUAUGAGUAUUGAAAACUUUAUUAUGAAUCAUCUUGAUUUUCUUUCUCCAAAUAGACAUUGAUGUUGAGGCUUCAGAAUCGUUCGGUUUUUCACUUGCAGUUCUGACACCAUUUUAUCCAAAACCCUCUUCCCACACUAUUGGACAUACAGGAGGAUUACAGACGUGUCAGAGUUGUCCAUUUGCAUUGUACCACAAAAGAAAUAAAUACUUAAUAAUUA